GUACAAACGUUGAAAAGUCAGGAUGCAAUGGCACAAGCGAUGAAAGGUGUGACGCGCGCUAUGCAAAGCAUGAAUCGUCAACUGAACUUACCGCAAAUUCAAAAGAUAAUGAUGGAAUUCGAGAGGCAGUCCGAGAUUAUGGAUAUGAAGGAAGAAAUGAUGGGCGAAGCAGUGGACGACGCGAUCGCCGACGAAGCUGACGAAGAGGAAACGGAAGCGAUCGUCGCGCAGGUUUUGGAUGAAUUAGGAAUACAGAUGAAUGAAGAGCUGUCUGCAAUCCCUGCGGCACAAGGCACUUUAGCACCUGCCGAGAAAAAACCGCAAGCACAGCCAGCGCUAUCUGAUGCGGAUGCCGAUCUACAAGCCAGGUUAGAAAAUCUGCGCCGCGAAUAA